GGGAAACUCUGUAAAGUGGAUCAUUAAUUUAACCUUUGUCCAAGUCCAAAGGUGUCCCAAGAAGAGAGAGACCAUCAUUAGUUCCGAUCAAAAUGGAGCGAAGGUUGUUAGAAGCAGCGCAAAAGGGCAACAUCGAUGAGCUGAAUGACUUGAUCAGAAGCAAUGCGCUGGUCCUCAAGGAGAUGGCUCUCGAAGGAGCCGGUCACACGCCACUGCACGUCGCUUGUGUGGCCGGCCAUGUGGAUGUUGUCCGAGAGCUCCUGAAGUUGAUGCCGAAGUUUGUGGAAAAAGUGAACGCCGUUGGUUUCAGCCCGCUGCACAUCGCGGCGGCUCAAGGUGAUGUUGAGGUCGUGAGGGAGCUCUUGAGAGUAGGUCGUCACCUGUGCUCUGUGAAGGGACGGGAGAGAAGAAUCCCUUUGCAUUAUGCAGUCAUGAACGGGGAGCUCCAUGUCAUGAAGUUACUGCUCUCCGCUUGGCCUGAAUCCACCGAAGAGACAACCGCCAGAGAGGAGACCGCGCUUCACCUCGCCGUGAAGAACAACCGGUUUGAGGCGGUCGUUGUGUUGGUGGAGCAUCUGAAGCACAACAAGAAGGAGCAGGUGAUCAAUUGGAAGGACCACAAAGGCAACACGGCUUUGCAUCUCGCUGCCGCCGGCAAAAAUUUCGAGGUGGUUGACUUCAUGCUUUGUGGACAUGCUCUGGAGUUCGGGAUCGUGGAGGUGAACGCCUUGAACAAGAGUGGCUCAACCCCUCUCGAUGUCUCAUCUCGCUCUGAUCGAGAGAUUAGAGAAAUCCUCAUGCGAGCCGGAGCCAAACACGGACAAUCAAACUUGCCCUCGUCUCAAAUAGUCCGGGUGGACGGCGACGGAGAUAAUAUCGAAGGAGCUACCAGCUAUCAAUCAGUUGUGAAACGUGCAGUUGAAAAUGAUCAUCCGCCAUUAUCACUAUCAAAAGAUUCGAACCAAGGACGAAGGUCGUCGGGCGAUAUACGCAGCGACUUGCUGGUUGUAGCUGUGCUCAUAGCAAGCGCGACCUACCAAGCCGUGCUCCAGCCUCCAACCUUUCUUAAAAAAGUCGAAAUGGAUACCAAGCAAGGCUUCCUUGCAUCAUACUCAUAUUUCCUGACAAGUACCACAGGGAGGAAUUUGGCUCUAUUGUCCUUCCUGAGCAGCAACACGUUUGGAUUCUUGCUUUCUGUUCAGACGAUCAUUGGUCUCACGAAAGAUCGUCCGCUGAAGUUGCCGCUGAUGCUCUCCACGUUCGCGAUGGUUUGGACUUACCUUAGCUGCAUGGUGAACGUGCCGUCCAGGUCAUUACUGGAUGAAAACUUCAGUCUCCUAGGAGCAGCAUUGAUAGGCACACUGGCGAUCCUGAUACCAGUUGUUCUUCUGUUGAUACAGAUUAAAAUAGCACGAUAUUUAGGUAAGGGGAUAGAAUUUCUUUCCCAGAUUAACAUCCUAUGUCCUGUGGAUCCUCUCCCCCCAAAGUCUGGGCAAACAAAUCCAAACAGUAUGCAGCGCCCGAACAGUUGUUGACAACGCCAUGUGUCG